GCCGUUUUGCUGGACGGACAAAGAAACUAAACAAACCAGAUUUGUGCAGAAAUAAUUGGUCUUAUAUGGAAAUAAGGACAUCGGUUUGGAGUAAUUGGUGAGAUAUUUAUGCUGAAGAUGCCGAGGAAGAGAAGUUCCAGGAUAAAUACCCGAGCUAACAGCCACCAAACUGCGACAAAAGUUCCCUGUGGUGACUCCUCAUCAGAAGAUACAGGCCCAUCCAAGCCAGCAGACAUGGUCCCCAGGCUGUCCAGAAAGACCAGGCAAAAAGAGAACAAGCGCAGGUGUAAAGAUCAUGUCAAGGCAGAUGACUCUUCUCACCAUGAGUCUAUGUCUAGUUAUGACGGAGACUGUGAGUCAGCUAGCCAAUCAGAGUGCGCCACCUUACCUCCCCAACAGGAUGUGGAGAUGAAAAGUGAUCAAGACCGUACGUGCUCCCCUGAAAGUGACUCUUCCAGCUCAGCAGAGAGAAAGCUCACAAGACGACAGAAGCCAAGAAAGAAAGGGAGAGCUGCAGUACAGAAGACUCUAACAGGCGGUGUGUUGUCUCCAAGUAGGAGGCACAUUACAGGCAACACUCCACAAGAGGAAGUCUUCACUCUUGAAAUAGAUCCUUCAGCAAAAUCCAGCACAAAGGGAGCAGUAAAAGAUUCCACAGGCAAUAGUCCACUGUACCAACAUAAGUUGAUGAAGAAGGAAGCAUACAAUUCAGCCAUUUCACCACCAUUGGUUGGAAUAAAACCCCUCAAUGCCUCUGAUACCUCCACACCCAGUGUAGAUGCCAGAGGAUCUGCCACGUGUAGUUUCAUGGACGAUUCAGCUUUUGGGUUUGGCGCGUUGGAAGAGUUUUCCAGUAUCCCACCCAUUGAGCUAGUCGUCUCUCCCGUGAAGGAGGUCUCCCCAUUGGUAAAUGUCAGACCGCGGAGGCAGAGAGCAGCAAAGGCCAUGCCGCCAUCAAGCGUGUCGGAUGUGUCCAGAUCUUCUCCUUCAAAGUUGUCACCAUCCCUGGAGCACAAACUGAGGCUGACUCAGGCACAUGAAGGAAGGCGAAGCACGCGACAGUCAGCCCGCUUCAGUAAAUCAGCCCAGAAAGCCUUCAGUUCAUCUACUGUAUCUCCUUCCUCACCACAAACCACAGCUUCUUCCCAUGUAUCACUUGAAGCAUCAACCAGUCUUUUCAAGAAGCCCACAGCCUCCGCAAACACUACAGACCAACUUUUGGAGAGGUCUGUGAAAGGGUCAGUAACGUCACCCACGGCAACAGCCACCUCUCCAGACUCCUCCAUGUCCAGUCUGGUGUCCCCACACAAGAGGAAGGUGCCACCAGGGAUGUAUGACAUGCCCAUACCAGACAAAGAAAAGAAAAAGAGGAGAAAAGUCCACAAGAAGACAAAGGAAGAGAUGGAAGAAUGGGCAGCUCACAUGAAUGCCGAGUUCAACAAGAUUGAUUCCUUUGAACUUGAAGUUGAAUGAAGGAACAAGACAUUUAGAUUACACAGAACAUUUGCAUGUAAAUGCUGUAUAUACUAUUGAAGAUACUAUGUUUGUGCACCUAACAUAGCGGGUAGAUUUGCAUUAAUUUAGAUUAAAGGGCAACUCAACAGCAGGCCUAACUAUAAGUAGUACUUAAUUUUUUUCAUUCUAACUUAAUCUAAGAGACCACAUUAUUUUCAAACAAAUAUUAUUUUAAAAUCACCCCAAGAUUUUGUAACUUUUUUGAAGACUGUUUUCAAUGAGAUAAUAGGAAGUACACAUGUAUUGUACUGUAAUCAUCCAGAUUUAUCUUGUAGCUAUUUGUACAAGGUAGCAUCAGCUAGUUAUGCCUAAGGUUGUGCAUGUAACAGUAAAUGAGUAAUGCCUAAUAGUACAUGAUAAAUGAACGCUCACUAUUUAUGAUGCAUUGCUGAAAGUUUGGUUUGAAAAAGAAUGCAGCACAGUAAAUAGGAAUGUGAAGUACUCGCUGAAAUGUUGUAUUUUCCUAAAUUUCUCUUUGUUUGAAAUAAUAUGAUUUUAAAAAAGGAUUACAACAUGAAGUAGUACUAACCAUUAUUAGACAUUGGAGUGACAAGAAAUGUGUUAUAUAAAUUUAUCAUGGCUGCAAGUAGACUGGAUUUGUGUCUGUUAUGGCUGAGUAGCAGAUGAGUUCAAAAGUUCAGAAAACCCUUAAACAAAAUUCACUUUUCUCAACAAUAUCGAUAACCUUUAUUUCACUUGUGACAGAAGGAUGGCAUAUACUAGUAUACAAAGAGUUUGGACAAGAGAUGAAUUUUUGAGAAAUGAUUAUACUAUUUAUAGAGCAAGUGGCCAAUCUGUCCUAGGCAGACAGAAUUGUUGGCAUGAAAAUUACAGAGGCAGAUCCCUUCAGUGAUUUGCUUUCUUAAGGGGAUAUUUUUUGGCACAAAUAAGUUGGGAAUAUCAACUUUUGUAUAUUAUAUUACCAUUAUUUCUGCAUAAAUUUCAUUGUAUU